CUACGUGUGUCUCUGCUUGUGUUUGUAUGUAGAGCAUAGCAAUGUCCAGACAUGUUUCUAGUAAUAAUUCGUCUUUACUGUUUGUAUUUUUUCUCCCAAUCACUGUAGUCUUGGUUCAGAUUCUCAGCAUCUCAUCACAGUUGAAUGGAAACACUGUUCUCUGCCAGCUGCCUUACUUCCGUCUUCUGCCAUGCUGCAAAGUUCUGCCCGUCCUCUUUCCCAGGAAGGUCUUCAUUUCAGUCCCGAUGCUGCUACUGCUUUCUUAGCUUAUUUUCUGAGUUCUUUUUCUCCUGAUCGUAACUUAUCCUUUUCUUCUCAGUUCCCCACUCAUUCCACAUUAGAGGACUUCUGUGAUGCAGUCCUUUGGUGUGAGUUUAAUGACUAUUUCUUGGUAACAUGGACCACUUGUGUAGCAUUCAGAUCGUAAGUUUAGCUCCUGUGUUGAUAGGAAGAGGCGCAUCAAGCUCCCUUGUCAGAAUGGAAGUCAUAUCCUCCAUUUUUUCCUUGUAUGUGGUAUUGAUGCCAAUCUACCUUGUGGCUUUGGUGAGUACUCUAAAAUGAGGGAUUUUUUUUUCCUGGAUCCUUCUUUUUAUUCCCUCCACUUCCUUUCUCCCUGCUUUGCUCCCUGAGGUCUAACGUUAUGAGUUACAAUUCCUGCCAGCUCUGUUGUUGUUCAUUCUGCUCCAGUGGCACAUGUGAUGCUGUAGAUGGUGAGGAAGUGUGGUUGCCUAGAGACAAGCAUAUGCUUUCUUGUCACACCGGAACUGUUCGUCUCUGCUAGGCUGGAAGGGUCUGUUCCUCAGGGGUAAGGCCUGAGUACUGACGAGCUGUAUGGCUAACAGGCAGGUGUGGUGAAGGCCUUGGGAGUAAAUGGGAGAAAACUGAAGUUAGUGGAUACCAUUUGUGUGCGAGUCAUGAGAAAGGCACGUGGAGCAUGAGUUAAAAACAGGAGCACAGGUCUGGAUAAUGUACAUCUCUUGGUUAUAUAUUUUGUAUCAAUACUUCCAUCUAGUUUGUAGAUUAUACAAAAUAUAUUCUUUGCUCAAAAAUGUCCUGACAUAAUUUUAAACACAGGAAACAGGACCAGCUAGAUUGCAGUCCGUACAGGGUUGGGGCGGGAUUCUCUACAAAGGCUGUAAGUACUCUGGGUCAGGUUCAGCAGCUUGCCUGAUGUUUGCCAUAGACAGAAGCCAGAGUGUGGGAAUCCACAGGUAAAGGUGAGAAGCGUACUCUGCACUCUUACCUUCACUGACCUACACAGUGCCUGGGUUCAUGGUCAGUAGCUCAGAAGGAACCCUGGAAGCACAUUUGGACAACAGGAGUGUUGACAUACUGUCUGGAUGGUAAAAAGAGAUAAAGGUAUUUGUGUCUCCUAUCAAAGCUCAUCAGAAAUGAUCACAGCAGAAGACUUUACUAGUAAAGUGCUUAGCACUAGGAGCUUUGAAGACAGGGUCCCACUAUGUGAGUUUGGUUGGCCUGGAACUUGCUCUGUGGUCUUGAACUCACAAACAACCUGCCUCUGCUUUCCAAGUACUGGCCUCAAAGGUAUGCACCACACCCCACUACUAGGACCUUUUUUUGUUUCUGUUCCCAUAGCCACAUGCCCUACUGGCCUACCUGUCUUAUAUUGAUAAGGGCCAAUGCUUCUACCAAAGGCCACCACUAUGACUCUAUUCGGCUGGAGGGACUGAUUUUAUCCAAAGUACUUUGCUUCUUAUGACUCUAAGGCAAUAGGUGGUAAAGACGCUAGUGAUGGUUUUCCUGAGUAAUCUAGAUUACCCAGGGAAGAUCAGACUAGGCUACCAUGGAGAUAAGAGAAAAUAUUAAUUACAUUUGUAUUGCUGUGACCAAAUAUUACCUGAAAGAAAGCACAUAGGGGAGGGAAGAUUUAUUUUGGCUCAUUGUUUCAGAGGUAUCAGUCCAUCAUGGCAGUGAUGGCAGGUUGGAGUGGCUCCAUCAGUGGAGGUGAGAGUGUGAAGAGGAGCAACUGUUCACACCAUGGCAGACCUGGAACCUGAGAGAGAAGUGGGAACCAGGGGCAGGGGUUGGUGUCAUUCGAGGAUGUCUCUGUGGACUUCACCUGGGAGGAGUGGCAGGACCUGGAUGAUGCUCAGAGGAAGCUCUACAGGGACGUGAUGCUGGAGACCUACAGCAGCCUGCUGUCCUUGAAUCGGUGUGAUCCCAAACCUGAGUUGAUCCUGAAGUUGGAACAAGAAGCUGGGCCGUGGAAGGAAGAUGUCCCAAACCAGAGCCUCCCAGAUAUGCAGCAUGUGAAUGACCCAAAUGAGAUCAGCCAGGAUAAUCAAAAGAUGCGUGGAUGCAAUCUGGUAAUUGCCAAGAGCAGCACAUCAGCUGAGCAGAGGGCUAAAGCAGGAAAACCAUUUACUAGCCCAAGCUGUAUUUUGAGGCUGGCUGUAAAGAAUGACGUGUCUUCUGGAACAAGACCUGGGGCACGUAAUAUGUGGGCUAAUGUGCUUCUCCCUAGUGAGCCCAGUGAAGUGCAGGCGGUAAAGGAACUUGGUCUUCCGAUUGUGACCAGGGUGUCCCCCAUACUUCCUGAGCCUCUCAGUCUGUAUCACAGUACUAAAUGUGAAGAACAGCACUUGCAGUGUCGUGGGCACAGUGAUGCUUUCCACAUGAAGACAGUGUGGCUACAGGACACAUUUCCUGUCAGAGAUCCCUCCAGUAAAUUGAGGAACUACAGGAAAGGAUUAGAAAAGUUAGCUCUUCCUGGUCUAGGCGGGACCCAGGUACAGGAGCAAACUUUUGAAUGUAAAGUGUGUGGGAAAUUGUUCUAUAGAAAUUCUCAUCUCACACAGCACUUAAAAACCCACAAAGAAAAGAAAUAUUAUAAAGGUAAUGAUUGUGGGCCAAUAUUCAAUAUACAAUCAAACCUCCAAAAACAUCAGCAUUUGCGUGUGGGAGAAGAGCCUUACACAUGUAAUGAAGAUGAGAAAUACAUUUGCCAGAAAUCAGAAAAGAGUGUUCAGCAGAGCAUCAUAGGGGAUGGAAGGAAUGUGUACGGGAAAAUUGUUGGCUCAAAAUUAAAUCACAGUGUUCAACAGAACCCUCACAAGGCUGAGAAAUCCCAUGAAUACAGUAUAUCUGGAAAGACAAUUAGUAAGUCAAGCCUCCAGCUUGAGCUGGCACACAGAUAUGAGAGAGCACAUGAAUGUGAUACUUGUGGGAAAACCUUUAACCAUGCACCAGGUUUCUACUUGCAUUCGAGAGCUCACACAGCUGAGAAACCCUACGAGUGUAAAGACUGCCAGCAGUCAAAACUCACUGUGAACCAGCAAACCCCCAUGCAGGAAAAACGCUACGUGUGUAAUGUGUGUGGAAAAGCCUUUUACAAAAGAGCCCACUUACAUGCACAUCAGAGAACUCACACAGGUGAGAAGCCUUAUGACUGUAAAGAAUGUGGGAAAUCUUUCAGGCUGAAGUCAUUUCUGGUUGUACAUCAGAGAAUUCACACGGGUGAAAAACCCUUUGCAUGUACCACGUGUGGGAAAAGUUUCAAGCAGAGGACAAGUCUCUACACGCACAUACGAAUUCACACGGGUGAGAAACCCUAUGAAUGUAAAGAAUGUAGGAAAUCUUUUAUUCUCAAGUCAUACCUCACCGUACAUCAGAGAACUCAUUCGGGUGAGAAGCCCUAUGAGUGUGAUGUAUGUGGAAAAUGUUUUAAGCAAAAUUCCCACCUUCAUGCACAUAAGAGAACUCAUACUAAUGAGAAACCCUAUGAGUGUAUAGUGUGUGGCAAAAGUUACAAGCAGAGCCCAAGCCUCUAUACACAUAAGAAAAUCCAUACAAGCGAGAAGCCCUAUGAGUGUAAACAGUGUAGGAAGUCAUUUAGUUUGAAGUUUCACCUCACCAGACAUCAGAGGACGCACUCAGGUGAGAGUCACUACCAGUGAGACGUGUGUGAUGAGCCUUUAAGUCGAGUGCACACCUGUGUGCAUCAGAGAGCUCACCCGGGAGAGAUCCUAUGAUUGGAAGAUGCAGAACAGCACCACCACUAGUCAUCUGCCCACCAUUCUCAGGACCUGUGUUCUGUAUGUGGAAAGGCCUGCCAGGUGUCAAGCUGGUACACAGGUCAGAGAAUUCACGCAGGUGACAGACUUUUAUAAUUAAAAAGAAAAUAUUCCAGCCAAAGAUAGAUCAGAGAACUCACAAACGUGAGAAAUCCUAAGAGCAUAUAAAUGUAAAAAAAUAUCUCAACCAUAGAUAUAAUUCACUGUGCAUUAAAACACAUACACAUGGAUGAAAUGUUGAAAAACCUUUCUCCAGAUAUCAUAUCUCAUCAGUCAUUAGGUAAUGUAUACCCUGUAAGGAAGCCCUAUGAAUGUAGAAAGUCCUUCAACCAUAGGUCAUUCUUUACUGCAUACCAAAGAAGAGGCAUGGGGACAUCUCCAUGAAUGUUGUUUAUGUGCAGAAAACAGGUACUCAAGAUAAACGUCCGUGUCCACCUGAAAACUCAAAACUGAGAAACUCUUGACUCUAAAUACUGUAGGAAAUAUUUCAGCCAUAAGCCAUCUGUUGCCGUACAUGAAAGAAGUCACAUAGGUGAGUAACCCUAAGCACAUAGGUGAGUAUAAUGGAAGCAGGGAACCCUUUAAGAGAUGCCAGGUCUCUUUUUAUUAAAGAACUUGCACUGCUGAGGAACCCCAAGAGUAUCUACAGGGAAAUGCCUUUUCCAGUCUGCUCUAAACAUCAGUGACUGACUGGAAGCACGAGAGUAAUGUAUGUGGGAAAGCCUCUUACUGGAUGUCAGCAGACGUAAUCACUCUGUAUCUGGAAGAUCCACAUCUCUAAGUCAGACCUCAGGAGACAUUAGAAUUAGCACAGAGACUGUAAAACAGGUAAUAGUGUGGGCAGUGUUUCUAAGAAGUCGCUCAGCAGGAAUUCAUCCCGCAGAGUCCCAUGGGCUCCCCAAGAUUUAUUUUCUUUGCUGCACUCAUAAGCCUGUGCUUUACAGUACAUUUCUGUUUGUGAGCUGUCGUGCUAAGCUCUGUAGUGGAAUGUAAGAGCACGUGUUCUAUUUAUUUCUGUCCCACUAUCCCCAAAAUCUUACAACAGACUCCACCUGGGUGCCCAUCCAUAGUUGGCCAGAAGUGCACAUAAUAACCUCUAGCGUGUUUGGGACCUAUGUGGAGAAGGGCACUGUGGCUCAGGAAUACUGUUUGUCCUAAGAGCUGUGAUCCUCCUGCCUGUUUCUGCCAUCUCUCUAGUGUAUGAAAGGGAGAUCUGCACAAUCUGUAAUAGGGCAGGCCCACAGCCGUUAGUUUCCUCUAGGAGGCGGGUGAGACAAAUAAAUUCUCUUUUUAGAAAGCUAUCAGGAGAGAGAUCCUUGUUGCCACUCUUCAUUCUCAUGCUGCUUUGUGGGGAGAAGAAAUCCUGAUAAAAUUCCCAUAAAUACCGAGUGUUUCUGGUAGGGAUCUUGCACUAAGCAGAUCAUUGUGUGAACAUUUUGUGUGUGUGUGUGUGUGUGUGUGUGUGUGUGUGUGUGUGUGUGUGUGUGAAACCUCUCAACAAAACUUCCAGUCAGGUUUCAAAAAUCCUGACCAAGGAAAAUUAUCACUAUGGAAUCUGUACAUUAAUUUUAUAAUGUUAAAUCUCAUAUUCUAGUUUUUCAAAAUCUGCAUGCCAGGAGAUGAAUAUUGGUAAUGCUGCCUAUCGGCAGGCAUCAGUCUCUGUCUGGGGUCAUUUAUGAUGUUGUAAAUGAGAGUUUGGGAGAGGCCAGUGGCACAUGCAGGAGUAUAGCUGGCCAGCCUGCGGUGUGUUGGGUAGUAUACUCAUGUAUGUAUGCUUCAUGGAUAUGAGUGUGUCAUAUCAUCAUGUUUCAUGAUAAGACUUAGCAGAAGGGACUCUCCAUGGCUUCGUGUUGCAAUGAACAUUGAUAUUUCCUACAUUUGAUGCCAUUCUGGCCUCUUUAUAUCUUCCUAGCCUCAGACAUUGUAUUAUAUACCUUCUUAAUCUUGUGUCAUCUAAUGUGCAUGACAGUUAUUACUGGCUCAAGUAAA